ACAGAAGGAUGAAUCUUGUAGCGACCGAGCCGGUAUUGUCACGUCAAAAUACACUUCUUCUAGGCUUUGUUGAUGCCGCGGCUUUAUCUUGUCGCUGCAUGUUGGGCAUGAAAUCGGACAAUUCAGUCAUAAGGACGGUCGAUUCUACUGCUGGUGGUCUUUCGGUCGCUUGCACGAGCAGUCCAUCUCGUGGCAAUGAACGGAGAGGCGUCUUCCCACGGAAUGACUUGCCUUUACAACUCGUUGACUUUCAAGACAAAAAGAUGUCAGCUUUUAUCAUCAAUUCUGAUAUUCCACUGGAAAUGAGUGCUAGAAUGGCAAAUGACUUGGUCACUUUUCUUCGGCUAAAUUGUGUCCAGUGGCUUAUCGUUCCAGUGGCACUAAAUGGAUUUCAAGGAAGGGAACGGAUUUACGAGGUCGCGUUGUUCUCAGAUAAAGUGACAGACUAUCCCGACCUUCCCACAGACGAGCCUCUCCACGACGAGUUUCUCAGUAAACUAAUCCAGUUGUUACAGGUGGAGCGACUGAAGACAACAUUCUUAGUAGCGCCGAGUUUUCAUAUCACUGACACAACAGAUAGCAAUGCCGAUGGCAACAAAUUGCAUAUUAUUGAUGCAAUGCAGCAAGCAAUCACAUCACUGACUCGAAUUGAAUUCGAUCUCCAGCAGAGUGGCCAAUUGAAUUAUGAAGUCAACUCGGCACAGAGUAGGAGUCUCUCGUAUAUGGACUUGUACACGUAAACCACAUAUUUAGUAUAGACAUGUAAUCGUGUAAUGUAUAUUAUUGUCAAUAAUAAUAUCUACACAUAUUAG